AGAGCUAUAGCAACUGUUGAAAAAUCCCUUUUGGCUAUUCAAAAAGACAAAUCAAAUCCAUACACAUAACCAGCAUAUAUAACAAAUUUCAUGUCUCCCACUUCCACAUUCAAAAUAAGACAAUAAACAUAGAAAUAGACAAAACCCCAUGAAGAUAGACAAAGAAAUCUCUCACCCCAUCCAUCCAUACCACAAACUCAAGCUUGAAUACACUGAAAUCCCAUUCAACUGUGAUGGCUGCAAAGAAGCUGGAAUUGGCCUAAAGUACAAGUGCCAGCGCUGCGAAUUCGACCUGCACAAGGCCUGCGUCGCUGCUCGUCCUAUCAUAACUCAUCCAUUUUACAACAAGUGUGAGUUUCAGCUAUACUACUCUCCACCAGGAGAAGCCAAGAGAUUAUGUGAUGCUUGUAGAAAUGAAGUGUUGGGUUUUGUUUACCAUUGCAAGAGAUGUGGUUUUGAUCUCCACCCUUGUUGCGCCAACCUCCCUCAAGUCCUAGAUGAUGGCCAGCACACCCUUUACUUGUGCCACAAGUUAUCAAGCGCUUGUCAUGGCUGCGGCGGUAAGGGGUAUGGGUGGGCCUACCGCUCAGAUUGCAGGACCUAUAACCUUCAUGUGGCUUGUGUUAAGGAGCUGCUCGUGGAGAGUUGGCAAGCCAUGUAUCUGAAAGUGGACAAGAACAAGGUUAGAGAUUUGCAGACUACGAUUCCAAGCCUUAAGGGGACAUUAAAAAAUCAUCAUCAUGGAGGAGGGAAGGCGAGGAAGUGUUGUCAGAUUGCUGGUGGGGCUGUUCGUGUUAUAGUUUCUGCUAUUCUUGGAGAUCCCACUGCUCUUAUUGGUGCUGUUGUUGGUGGUUUCAUGUCUAAGUAGAUAAAGUAUUUAAGUAAAAAAGAAACAUUAAGUAUGGUUAGUAUAUAUGUUAUAUAUAUGGUACUUGUUUUUCUAUAUAUAAUGAAUGACCUCCUCUUUUUUUUAAGUCA